AUGCACGAUGUAGUAAAUGAAACGCGCGAUGCAGUAAAUGAAACGCACGAUGCAGUAAAUGAAACGCACGAUGCAGUAAUUGAAAUCCGCCAUUCUUUGGCGAAGCGUACGCUAUCAAUGCCCGGGUACACCAAUCCUGAAAAAAGAUUUCGCAUGGAAAAUGAUGAAGAUUUAUUGCGAAAACUUGCUAAGCAUAAUUUCAAGAAUAAAAUUCAAAGAAAAGUGAAAUCUUUCCUACCUGGAACAAGAGAGUGGUUGUUAAAAGAAGUUGACGAGUGGUUUUGUAGCAGUGAGAGUGACUCAAGAAUAAAGUUAAUAACAGCUGGACCAGGAUUUGGUAAAAGCGUGUUUGCCGCUAAAAUCUGUGAAGAUUUUGGGAAGAAUGGAAAGCUCGUUGCUUGUCACUUUUGUGAUUUCAGCAAUUCAAACCUAAGAGAUCCUAUGGCGAUGUUGCAAUCUCUCGCAAGUCAGAUGUGCAAGAGCGUCCCUGGUUUUAAACAGGAGCUUCUUGAUCAGUUAAAGCGACCUCAUCAAGUUCAAAACCUGAAAGAUGCCUUUCUAAUAUAUUUGCAAAAUCCCCUAGAUGAAUUGGAAAUAAAAGAGCCACGUUUAGUCGUGAUCGAUGGCUUGGAUGAAAGUGCUGCUGAUAAUAAGAAUGAAAUUGCGCAUUUGAUUGCUGAAUAUUUUCCUGAGCUUCCAGACUACAUCAAAAUCUUGGUGACGAGCAGGCCAGAGAUUUCCGUUGCUGAUCUAAGACUAAGAGACGAUCAAAAGACAGACAUUUCCAAUGUUCAUGACAACAAUAACUUAGAUCUUGAACUUUAUUUUAAAGAAUGUUUUCCAAGUUUAGUCGGCAGGGAAAUGUAUCGUUGGGAGAUGAGCUUUGAUUUCUAUAAGGAUCAUCCAUAUCUUUACCGCGUUUUGCGAAAUAAAACUAUUAGUUUACCUUCCAUUUUUGUUGCCAAAUGCCAGGGCUCAUUUCUCUAUGCAUAUCACUUUCAAUCUGGGCUAAGGGCUCGUUAUGAUCUUGAAAAUAUAACAAAUAAUGACGUCAUGAAGUUUCUCCCAGAAGGACUGAAUUCUUUUUACCAAGGAUAUUUCAAACGCCUUGAAGACGAGCUUAGCGACAUAAAACAUGAAAAGUUUGAUGUGUUGAAAAUUUUGGAAAUGCUUGCUGCUUCCGAAGGACCUCUUCCCCUCACUUUCGUCGCUCAGGCUUUUGGUUUAGCUCCAGAUUGUCGCGAAACGAAAGACAUCAUCAACAAAAUUAAUGAAACCGUAUCGUGCUUGUUGUACGUUUCAGAUGACAUGUUAACCGUUUUUCACAAAUCCGUUAUUGAUUGGCUUCUAGCAGAGGGCUACAGAGAUCACCAGUAUACUGUCAAGGUCGAUGAUGGACAUAGAUCGCUUUGGCUUUUAUGCGAAAAGGAUUUUGAGGAAAUUGUGGAAAGUGUUCGCUCAGGACUUGAGGUGAAGUUUACUAAUGAUGUGGAAUACGCUCUGAAACAUGGUUUAAAACAUCUAGAAAAAUGUGAAAUGGAGGAAGGUGUCUUUUGGUCAAUUGAUGUUAUUAUCGUAUGUUAUAUGCUAACUGUAGUCUAUUCAUAUGAAUUGCAGCGUUUCUGGCUCAAAUUACUCCAAAGUUCUUGGAUUAAAAACGAAGAUUUACGUGCCCGUAUUUCGUACCAUGUCAUUGAAGUUGGCUCUUUUGAUCUUGGCGUGGAUCCGGCCAUGUGGCUGUAUUACAAACAUUCAAAACAAGUUAUUUCGACAGUAUAUUCACAAUGUUUCUUACAAGCGGUUCUUACACAUUCUCCAGAAGGUUAUUUCAGCGAUGAUGAGAAGAAAAUCGCGGAGACGCUACUAUCAAACGUUUCACCUUUUGUCGAGUUGAAUUCUUACGAAGUUUCGGUUUUGCCGCGAGCAGUCUGGAAACACAGUGACUUUCCUCAUAUUACAGAUUUUGCUUUAUCUAACGAUGAGAAAAGUGUCGCAGUUGUAAGAGGGAAUUUUAUCCAUGUGCUAUCCCUACCAACUUUAGUUGAAAUUAUGAGUUAUUCAACAAAAUUGGAAGAAAAUUCAUGCUGCACAUUUUCUCCAGACGAUUCGCUCAUAUUAUUUGGAAAACUGGAAAUGGCGUUUAACAUUGCUGGAAGAAAGGAAGUUCCAUUUUUCCCUGGAAAUGAAGAGACGUUCCUGUCCUGUGCAUUUUCCCCUAACGGCAAAAGACUGGUGACUAGCGACGGUUCAAACACCAUUAAACUAUGGGACAUUGCUAAACAAAAAUUGCUGUCGUCGCUUUGUGCUGGAUUUUCUGUUCGUCGGUGUUCUUUUAGCAUCACUGGGACAUUAGCUCCUAAACAAGAGCAAUCCUGUCUGUCACAGCCAACGGAAGUUUAUUCGAGUUCGUUUUCUCCUGACGGCUCUCGACUUGCAUCCUGCAACUCAGAUGGAUAUAUCAACGUAUGGAAUGUCUAUACCAGCCAAGUUGAACAACGUUUCAAAAGCAGUCAAUGCUGGUCAAGGUUUUUAUGCUAG